CAGCGUAGGACAAUAGAAUAAGGAUUCGUACAGCGGUAUGUCACUGACACAGGGCCCUUAGGUCCCUCAAUUUACCCACGUUAUAAUCGGGCUCUAGCGGCUUAUUACGGGCGUUCUCCACCAAGAUGAUUACCACCCCAUUGGACUCUACAAUGCCGACAAAACAGUCCCCGCGAAGAGGCCGUAGACACCGACGCGAGUGAUGGAAGUAUGCAUGUACCUACCCACUAGCUUCUUUGCUCACCACCCUGUAGAAUGACGAAGUCGGCUGUCCGGAAAUGCCAUUUCAGGAAUCGGAACCAGGCCGCUGGGCUGCAGUCGCAUCCUACGCCAUCUUUGAACCCGUACUUCAACUUCUUUUCAAACAGAAGAGUCCUGACUAUCGAACACUCAGACUCGUCAACUUCUCCAAAUUCAUAUCAUCAUGGUUCCCUGGCGGUGGCGACCCAAGAGCAUCUCGAAGGCACCAACACAGAUCAGAUCGGAGACUACAGCAUCACAGAGUAUGGCCGAUGGCGCACAGCACCAGUUCCAGCGCAACGAGGUAGACAAAACACAUCCCGAACGACAAUCUGCGUUAUUACUCCAUGCAAUCCGUCAACCAUACGAGGUUGCUAUCGAUCAUGCUGUUCCAGAAAUUCAGAACGACACAGAACUACUAGUCAAGGUCACUGCUGCGGGCCUGAACCCCAUAGACUGGAAGUCGCCUGACUUCAACUUCGGUGUACCUGUCUUUCCUUUCAUCUCCGGCCGCGAACUAUCUGGUGUGGUCGUCAAGGCACCAAAGGCCCCCAAUGCUCGUGUACGCGAAGGCGAUGUUGUAACAAUACCAUCAACCGACUAUCGCGAUCUACGUAAGGCCGCAUUCCAAGAAUACAGCAUAGCGUCAUCCUUCAACACCAUAAGACUUCCUCAUAACGUUUCGGCGGAGUCUGGAAGUAUCUUAGGGGUCGCCUUCGUGUCCGCAGUAUUGGCGCUAGGCAUUUGCAUGGGCGUCAGUUUCGAGAAUGUCGAAGAUGGACCAGACCUUUUGAAGAUGGUGCGCAACAUUGAUCCCGAAAGAUUGCCAGCAGAUAUCCGGAAAGAAUGCCUCGAAAACAUAAGCAAGGUGGACCAUGCCAAAGCUGGAGACUACCUCGUCAUCUGGGGCGGCAGCUCGACAAGCGCGCAUCUCACAAAACAGAUUGCAAGGUUGAUGGGCCUAAAGAUUGUAUCUGUUGUCGACAACGCGAAGCAUGGAAUAAGGUUGUCCUCGAACGCAGCCACACGUCCGGACUUGCUCGUAGAUUCGCACGAUCCCGAAAGAGCGAUCGACAUCAUCAAGCGAGCGACAAAGGACAGUGCACGCUUUGGCUUCGACACUGUAGGCAAGGAAACUGCUGCUUAUCUUUUGCGCUCACUAUCGUCUUCGACUUCACCUAUCUCUUCAUUGCCAAAAUAUGUACAGAACUACGAGCGCAAAGACUCCAAGCUCCCCACCCCACCAUCGACACCUCUGGAGUUUGCAGAAGGUGCACCACGAUCACACUUGGUAGGACUGACGGGACUGCCGAAAACCGAUAUUCCGGAAGACGUAACAUUGCACAACGUACCGAUCAAGCUCUACCACGAGAUCCCAGAGGUCGGCGAGGCGCUGAGUGCUUGGUGCGAAAGAUUACUUGUGAAGGGCUUGUUGGUGCCACCAGACGUUGUAGGGACAGUAGACGGACUAGGCGCGAUCAACGAAGGUCUCGACAGGAUGAGGAAAAGGGAGAUCAGUGGAGGCCGACUUGUAGCUGUUUUGCAUUAG